UUUUAAAAUAGGGAUAUCAAAUAUCUUUAUAUGUUUUACAAAUAAAAAUGGAUUUUGAAGAUAAUUUGAGAAAAGAUGAUAAUAUAGAAAAACCCGAAAAGAAGAAUCAUGAGGAUUAUUAUAUUGAUGAAGCUCUCCUUUUUUUGAUUGAUGUUUCUUUAUUACCAGAGUCUGAUGAGGAAGUGAGUAUAAUUGCAAAAACAGCGCUGAUUGCAGCCUAUAAAAUGCUUAUUUAUAGAGUAAUUUCUAAACCAACUAUUUCAUUUGGAAUAUUGUUAUAUGGAACAAAAGAUACAAACAUACAAGAAUUUCCAUUAUAUUCUAAUUUAUAUUUGAUAUUAAACUUAGAUGUUCAAAGUGGAUCAUCUAUUAGGAAUUUCAAAAUAUUAUUAUCAGAUGAUACAAAAGUGUCUAAAAUAAUUAUCCCCACAACGAAACACAUUAAGCUUUUUAAUGCUUUAGAAUAUGCAAAUAACAUGUUUAGUCAGUUGAACUCUUCAUAUAAAUUAAAGAGAAUAUUUUUAAUAACUCAUAAUGAUGAUCCAAGCUUAGGUUCUCAAGAAUACAAAGAUGCUACUAUUGCUUCCUUUAAGAAUUUAUCUAAUUCUGGAAUUACAAUAGAACCAUUUUUUAUUAAUGGAAAAAAGAUGUUUAAUUUUGAUAAAUUUUAUAAAGAUGUAUUAUACAUAUCAAAAAAUGCUGAUAAAAUAGAACAUCAUUUAACAUAUGAAAUGCUGGAUCUUGAUCAAAUGGUAAACACUAUUUUAAGAAGACAGAGUCCUAAACGAUUUCUUUUUGAAUGUUCACUUCAAAUUGCUCCAAAUUUGGAUAUUGAUGUUCGUGGUUAUAUAUUAUUUAGAAAAAGAGCGCCACUCAAAACUUAUAAUGUUUAUAUAAAGACAGAAGAACCGCAAAUUGUUAAAACAGUGGUUAAUUAUGUUUGCCAGGAAACGUCUGCUCCUUUAAAAAAUGAAGAUAUAAAAAUGGCAUAUGAUUUUGGCGGAAAAAAAAUUUUAUUUUCCGAAGAACAAAUGACUAUAUUACGUUUUUAUGAGGAUCCUAUUAUUAGGAUAUUAGGUUUUAAGUCAUUAGAUCAAUUGAACUUUUGGGAAAAUGUUCUUCCAUCUUAUUUCUUGUAUCCAAUAGAUAAAAAAAAUCCUGAUUCUUCUAAUCUAUUUGCAUCUUUGGCACGUACUCUUUAUAAACUAAAUAAAAUCGCUAUUGCAUGGUUUCGUCCAUAUAAAAAUUCAAAUCCAAGAAUAUGUGCGUUAGUUUCCAAUUUUAAUUUUGAUAAAAAAUAUGAUAAUUAUGAAUUCCCGAAAGGUCUUUUUGCUAUUAUUUUACCAUUUUUGGAUGAUAUUAGACAGAAUCCUGAACAAGAUUCUGUAAAAGCUCCCGAUGCAUUAAUUGAUAAAAUGUCUGAAAUUAUAGAACAUUUGAUGAUUCAUUCAUAUAACCCAUUGCACUAUGAAAAUCCAGGCAUGCAAUGGACUUAUAAAAAAUUAUCAUCAAUAGUACUUGGUGAAGAUCCUUCUGCAGAUAUUAUUGAUAAAACAAUUCCAAACUAUCAUUUAAUUAAUAAGAAAGCAGGAUCGUUUAUUCUUCAAUGGAAUCAGCUUUUAGCAAAUUUAAAUGAAUCACAUGAAACAACAUCUUAUCCAUUCAAAAGGCAAAGAAUAGAGACUGAUGAUUAAUUUUAAUUUUUUCUUUUAAAAAUAAAAUCAUAAAUAUUAUCAAUUUACAUGGUUAUAAAAUUAAAAAAAUCUUAAAAGCUUAAAAAGAAUAUAUACUGGUAAUUUUACAAUAAAACA